UCCCCUUUUACAAAGUUACCUCCCUGAGAGGCUGAAGUUAGACUGAAAGUUGUACAUUUUGUUUCGUUCGAGAGGAUUAGAGUGAUUCUAAUUUGUUGUUGAACAUUUGUAAUAAUACAAAAUGUCAUUGCGGAUUGUCAUGCAGGGUCCUGGACCUUGGGGCUUCAGACUGGUUGGUGGGAAGGAUUUCGAACAGCCGCUGACUGUUUCACGGGUAACCCCAGGAAGUAAAGCAGCCCAGGCCAACCUCUGUAUUGGUGACAUGAUUGUUGCCAUUGAUGGGGAGACGACGGAGGGCAUGACUCACUUGGAAGCCCAGAAUAAGAUUAAGAGUUGUAUUGAAGAAAUGGUCCUCGCCAUAGAUAGAUCGGAAUCAAAAACAUGGUCUCCCCUGGUCUCUGAAGAUGGGAAGACUCAUCCCUACAAGAUGAAUCUGGCAUCAGAAUCGCAGGAAGUGAAACACAUAGGUUCUGCUCACAACAGGAGUGCUCUCCCGUUCAGUUCGCCAGGUUCCAAGGUGGUUACAAGCCAGUAUAAUAAUCCAGCGGGCUUGUACUCUUCUGAUAACAUCAAGACCUUUAACAGUGCUGUUGGUGGUGCCAGGACCACUGCGGCAUCCAACGAAUCAACUGAUAAUUUCAGUCCAGAUAUCACCAAACCUGUCCAGCCAAUAUCAUCAAUUGCUGUUGACUCAGAGGUUUAUAAAAUGCUGAAUGAGAACCAAGAGUCGUGUGAGCCUCCACGCCAGUCUGCAUCAUUUAAAGUCCUGCAGGAGAUCCUUGAGACUGGUGAUUCUGACAAACCCUCUGGGUUUAGAAGUGUGAAAGCGCCCACGACAAAAAUUGCUUCUUCUGUGGGCAGUAAUGAGAAACUCUCCAUCUGUGACAAAUGUGGCUCAGGGAUUGUGGGCAUGUUUGUCAAACUGCGUGACAAGUUCCGGCACCCUGAGUGCUACAUCUGUACUGACUGCGGAACAAAUCUGAGACAGAAAGGACACUUUUUCGUCGAGGACAAGAUUUAUUGUGAGAAGCAUGCACGUGAACGAGUGGUACCUCCUGAGGGUUAUGAUAUCGUCACCGUCUUCCCAAAAUAGAUCUUUUUCCAUUGACGCUUUAAAAACUGCACAUUUUCCUGCUUUGAGGAAUUCUGAACAAAUUGUAAACACUUCAUGUGGAUGGAUUUUCAUUGUGUUCUGUCAGAGUUUUUGAAAAAGUGAACGGUUUCAUCUAUUCAAGUUAAUACACUAGAUAUGUCCAUUAAAAUAUUUGUUUACUCAUUGAAUCUAGGAUACUAUCCUCAUGAAGUGUUUCUAUGACAAGACAUCCCAGGUUUGUAAACAUUCCAUAUGUGAGGUAGUGAAACAUGACUGCAUUGGUGCUAUAAUUCUGUCCAAGUCCUUGUGAACAUAAAUAUUGGAAAGGACAAAGUGCCAUAUUGCCUAAAAUUUUGCACUUGCAUAUAAAGGAAAGUGGGACUAUGUUACAGUGGUAAACUUGGACGUUUCUGGCACAUUUACUGUAACUAGUAUAAAGGAUUUCACUUCUGGGACUCUCGGAGAUUUAGGGACCAAUGAGUUCAUCUCACUGAAAAAGUGAAAAAUCUCAAUGCUUCAGCUUUUCUUUCAUAGCUUCAUAUAUGAGCAAUGAUACCAGAUAAUUUUCAUAAUUGUUUUUCUUAUGGACUGUUUAUUUCAAAUAAAAUAUGUCCUUGUUUCCAAUAGCUUUUCUGCAACUUUGUAAUAAAUAUGUCUUUGUCGAAGAUUUAAUGCCAACCUGUUUUUAUGUUCUGUGCAAGUUGUUUUAACUCCCAGUACAAUGCAUUAAAUAAAAUGAUCAAUGUCUCAACA